AUGGAUAAUUAUUUUAAACUAAAACCUUCUUUGAUUGAUAUGGUGCAACAAAAUCAAUUUGAUGGUUUACCUUCUAAAAAUCUGAAUCUUCAUCUUUCUAUAUUUGUUGAUAAAUGUGGUACUGUUAAGGCUAAUGGUGUUGAACAAAAUGCUAUCCGCCUCCGUUUGUUUCCCUUUUCUUUAAGAGAUCGUGUGUGGGAUUGGCUUCAAUCCGUGCCCACCAAUUAUAUUACUUCCUACACCCAAUUGAAAAGGGCGUUUCAUGUGGGAUACUUUUCGCCAAAUGCGGCUUCUAGUGGAGACCUAAUGAAUAGUCCUCAAGAUGUAGCCUAUAACUUGAUAGAAGAGAUGGCCAAAAACCACCGCUCACAGGGAAGUGUGCGACAAGUUGUCGUUAAGUCUACCCCUAAGACUGGUGAUCUUAAUGAGAUUAAUGUGUUUGACCAUAUGAAUGAUAAGGUGGAUGACAUUUACCAAAAGAUUGAUAUUUUAAGCAUUUCACCUUCCAUACCCGUUACUCAUGCCCAUGAUGCUUUUGUUUCCCCCUUUACUCUCUAA